AUGAAUAUACUAACUACAAAGGAUAAAAUAAGUUUGCACCCGCAUCAAAUUUUAAAUGCUGCAAAUUAUUUCUUUAAACAAUUUUAUGUAACUUAUUUAAAUAGGGAUAUUCUUUUUAUCAACUCCUUCUCCGUCAAAAAUAAAUUCAACUGCUUUGAAAAGUCUCACCAUGAGAAGAAAUACUUGAAUUAUCGUAUCAUAAUAAAUUUGAUAAAUUUUUUAAUAAAAACAAAUCCCCGAAAUGUGAGUGCUACCAGAAAUCAUGUGAAAUGUACCUCAUAUGUGGAGGGAAAUAUUCCUACUUACAUUACCACUAAUCAUAUAAGCAGGAAAAAUUCAACAAUGGAAAGAAAAGAAAGUGUAGAAAAAAAAUCGAACAAAGAAAAAAAUGAAAAAGUGGUAGAUGGUGAGAAGACAAAGUUAGACCAAGAUCAUGACCAAGUUACACAAGAUUAUAAUAUAGGUGAUACGUCAACAGAUAUACAAUGUUAUUUUCCCGAAAAGGAACCCGCUUUUCAUUUAUGGCAUAAACAAAAGAAUAUACAUCACUAUAAUAUAGAUCCAUCUGCAAGAACAAAAAAAAUACAAAUAUAUUACAACUGUGAAAUGAUCGAUAUGGAAAGAAAAAUAUAUAAAAUUAAAAAAGUUUUACGAAAUGGUAACCCAGUGGAUAUUCUUCUAAUUUGUAGCAAUGAUAAUAGAGCUAAGAAAAGGGCCAAAAGAGAAAAGAAAAAAAAUAUAAUAAAUAAACAGGAUUAUGAAAGUACAAGUGAAGACGAACAUAUUACGAAAUUCCCUGUUAAAAAUAAAUCUGCACAUUUUGCAGAAUUGAAGAAAUUAAAUGAAUCUAAAUAUUCAACCCACAUAAACGUCAAAAUAAAUUUCCUCCUAAAUCACUUGGAAAAAAUUUCAACCGUAGAUGAAAUAUUUAGACAUGUCAAAAAUGGAAAAUACGUCAUCCUAAUGAAGGUCUAUCCAAGAUGA